AUGAAACUCUCAAUUCUGUCCCUGGCGUCUCUUGCGCCCCUGGUUUCCGCUCAUUUCAAGCUGAACUACCCGACUAGCCGUGGAUUCGAUGAGGACAAAAUGAGUCAGUUCCCCUGCAGUGGCCUGUCUCAAUCCUCAGAACGGACGAAGGUCUCUCUUUCCGCUGGUGACUUCCCUGUUGCCUUGACAAUGGGCCAUUCCCAGACAGCUGUGGAAGUGCUUCUCGCUCUCGGAAACGACCCUGGCACCAAUUUCAACAUUACUCUCCACCCGACCUUCCGAGUGGAGGGUUUGGGCGCCUUUUGCCUUCCCAAUGUCACUUUUGAUGAGUCCAUCGUCGGCGUCAAGUUGACAGAUGGAAUGAACGCAACCCUGCAGGUACAGAGCAAUGGUGACCCGAGCGGUGGUCUUUACGCGUGUGCUGAUAUCCAAUUCACGGAUGUGGACUAUUCCGCACCCUCCUCUUGCUCGAACAACACUGGUGUCAAGGCGACUUCAUUCACCGGAGACGCCGCAAAGCGCAAUGCGAACGAGUCCACUGCUGACGGAGAGGCACAGAGUGGCUCCUCGUCGUCCUCUACUUCCAGUUCCUCUACCGGUAGCGCUACAUCCACUGCUGGCGCGGUCGCUCUGGAGACGGCCGCUUGGGGAAUGUUGGGUGCUGCAGUUGUUGGUGGGAUGGCAAUUCUGUGA